UACUUUCAAGGUCAAAAGUGAGUAACGGCUAUUUUCUGUUUUUUAGACAUUGAGACAAAAUUAACUUCAGGACAAAGUCAAAUUUGUAUCUGUACUGAGUUGUACAGAUUGAGUUCUUCCUUGAAUACUGCAUAGGCAUAUGUUUUUAUACGCUUUUAACGAACAACCAUAGGAGAAAAUCCAUAAAACUGUAAUUGCGCCAACCCGCCAAAUGCUGACUGAGAUGUCUACAUGAGAAUUUCCUGGAAAUUUAUAAUUUUCAUUUUUUUCACAUUUUCCACAUUGUGAUCACAAAGUCAAUCGAUUCACAUCGUUCUAUGAUUAUUGGAAAAACUUUUAAUGUGAAAAAGUUGAGUGGUACUACUAUCAAGUACUUCCUCAGGUUCACUUCCGUAUGGAUGUAGUGCAAAUAAUUGUUCGUCUGUUUUCCUUUUUGUUUCGUCCUCAUCCUGGUUACUAAUCAGUAAUUAAUGGCUAUUAGUAGCAUGGUCAAAGGCUGAUAACAAAGGGAAUGUAAGGUGUUCCUCACAGUUUGGUGUUCUAUGAUCACAUGCAAUCUUCAUUUGGAAGUUAUGUUAGCAUACCAAGACAUCCUGUAUGAGAAAUAAGAAGUGAAUGAAAUCUUCCAUGAGAAAUAAAUAGUACUAACAACCCUAAUAUCCUUCGCGUACUGCAUGCAGCACUGUCUGUUUUCAACAGAAGCUCUUAAAUUGUGAAUAUGUACAGGAACUCCAGCUUAUACCAACUUACGACUUUUUUGUUGAAGCCUCAUCUUCACAUCUGAAGACUCAGCAAGUAGUUUCCACCUGCAACGGCAACGAAUGUAAAAUUCCCCUAUUUUCAUCAUCAGAUUUUGUUUUCAUCAAGUGAAGUCUCCUUGAAUCUUAUUUGUGUCAGUAGCUGCUUCUUUAUUACCCCUCAUUGUCGCCUAAUACUUCUGAGAUUGUUGCUAACCUACUACAAGUAAACACCCAACCGGAACUUCUAACCCUAAAGUGGUGGUCAGGCUUGCUCAUUACAAUGCCUCCAAAGGCUGUGCGGUCUGGAAUGUUGCUUCUCUGAGGUUCUACCAUGCCAGGAAGGUUCAAGAUGGUACAUUCCUUUGGGUAAAGAAAAUACUUACAGACUGAGUUUUGAUAAUACUACACAAAAUCUACAGUCUACUAGCUGUUCGUAGAAAGUCUUUUAUUCUUAUUAAUGUCGAGAUGAUUCGUCAGCAUGCUGAACAUGUAACAUGUGCUCACAAAAAAAGCACAUUUUUUUUAUACUUCUCGUCUGCAUAUUUAAAUCCUUCAUGCUGAACACCAAAAAUACACUUAGCUCUCAGUUUUUUAUUCCAGUAUUUCAUGUCAUACAGUAAUAAAAUCAGCACAGUAAUUUAAUUAUAUAUGUGUUCAUUCACCCCAUCUGAACUCACUACCCCGUACAAUAAACCCUAUGUAAAUAAAGUCUUUCUAAUUGGAACAAUUGUUGGUAUACUAUGUCUCACCAGUGGAUCUUUUGUCAUAUUAUUAUGGGCAUUUAUACCAGAAUUCGUUAGAUUGCAUCGUUUUGCUGUGAAAAUUAGUGCUAUAAUGUGCGUGGCUGGUGUUAUCAUUGUUUCAGUCAAUACUGUCUGUUUGUACUGUAGACAGUGCCGUGUAAUCAGCAAUAAGAAGAAACGGAGGAAAACGUUGAACACAGUAAAGAAUGGAGUACACUACUUCGAUGGAGAGUUAUAUCCUGAAAACGAAAGUUUUACUACAAAAUACCAGCUUCCCGCUCCAAGUUCACUGUCUAUGCCUGAGGUGUUCACUACAAAUGGUAACUUGAUGAGAAAAACUUUCGUCUCUCUUGGUUCAUUGGAGCUGGAGAAAUUCGAAGUUGUUGGAGUUGUACACAGAACAAAUUCCAAUCUUGACGUUGUUGGUAUUGAUAAUGGGGACAAAUCGGUUAUCGGAGAAAAAUAUAAAAACAGCCAUCCGGGUGGUUCAUAUCCAAAUAUAUUGAUUGUUGAUCAAGUUUCCAAUCUUCUGUCUGGUAAAACGUUUUACUUUCAUAGUGGUAAUGAUGAUAAUAAUCAAGAUUCUACAAACAUUACCACUGGAACUACUACUAAUACUGAUGAGACCACUCCUAUUUCUGUGACUACUAAUAAUAAUAACGUUUUCAAUACAAAUUGUCUAAAGAAACUCUAUGCCUCAGCAAGAAGCAUACCUUAUUCACUUCCUCGAGUUUCUAUUCGCGAAAUCCAAGAGAUUGAGCCAAAUUUGCCAGUAACUUCUUCACAUUUUGUCAGUGUUCGUAGAACAAGGUCCGACAGAAUUAAACACGGUAAAAUAAGUCGGUCAAUCCUUAUACCUAUGGGCUACUCUCUGGAUGGUCCAGCACUGUCGGAAUCAAAUAAUAGUGAUCAUAACAAUAAACCUUCCAUCUCAAGUAUUGGUUUUGGUGUUAGCAAUCGAAGAAGCAGUGAUAAUAACAAUGAUAAUAAUAACAACAAGUAUCGUUUCCUUCACAGCACUGAGAUUACUACCAGUCAUCAUAAACCGAGCACAGACUCUGAAAUGUCAACGUUUGGAAACUCUGUAUCACAUACAAUCGACACAACAUCACCGAUUGGUCAAGAUAGUCUAUUCAAUUUGAGUGCCAAUACUGUUGUUACUACUCAUAACAAUGGUAGCAGCAGUAUAGACGAUAAAAUCACGGAGGUCAACAGUAAUUCUACCAAACAAACCCCAGGAGUACUACCAGUAAAAGGUAAAUCAGUAAUCAGUUCGAAACAUCAACUGAAUAAAGAUGAUACUGAUCAAGAGCGAAAUGAUGACGGUAACUGCUUCGUCAUUAUGAAAAGUCCAAACCAUCAAUCACAAAGUCAUCAUGUUCUUUCGUGUACAACACUAUUCAAUAGUGAUGAAGAUAACCCUAACAAUAUAAAUGAUAAUAGCGAAGGUGACAAUGAGAUAGUUAGCAUAGACAAUGGUGUUAGUGGAUUUAGACGCCUGCAGAAAAUUUACUCCAAAUGGAGCGUGUUUCCAGUUUGUAUUGAAAAUGAAAAAAUGGCAAAGUACAACAACAACAGUAGUGUCGAUAAACUUUCUUAUGAUGAUGACAAUAAUGAUAAUGUCGAAGAUGGUGAUGAAAGUAGUGAAAAGAGAUUUUCAUCACGGAAAACCUCGACAUCAACUGUUGCUUAUAAUGACAAAAUAAGAGGGAGCUCAAUACUGAACCCUGUACGAUCAUUGAUUAGUAGAAUGAAAAGUCAUUGGGCUAAUUGUCAUGUGAAUACAAAGAGAAGUAUGAAGAAUAGAAGAAUCCGUCAUCAAAAAACAAAGACUAGAAUAAAGAAAAGAACUAAAAUAAAAAGUAUCAGUGAAGAGACAGUACAUGAAUUCUCUUCAAUACACGAUUCAAAUAAAAAUGAUACAAUACUAGAGAAUGAUAAUGAUAAAUAUCGUAGGCAAACUAUCAUUACAAACGCGUCUAUUUUUUCAUUGCCUGCUAUUCCACCAGCAUUAUGGAAUGCUGAACGUCCUGUAUGGAUUAUGGGUUUACCAUUAAAUGAUGAUAUUGACUAUGAUAAUAAUGAUCAUUGGUUUACAGUAGAUACAAAUAAGGUGAUUUUAUUAAAACAAGAAUCAAAAUUAAAUAAUUUACCAAAUUCUAAUAUUACUGGGUCUUUAUCUUCAAUUUAUGCAUUUCAUGUACGUCCACCACCAAGAUUAAAACCAGUUAAUAUAAAAUCAAGUCGAUUACACCGAGAGAUUCAUCAACAUCAGCAUACACGUGCACAAUCUGUUGGUCAGAUGUUGAUUUCAGAUAAAUCAAUUUUAAAUAUUUCUUAGAUAUCAUAAUAUUAGAGAGAGAAAUUAUUUUCAAAAGAAAACAUACCACUAUAUCUAUCUAUCUAUCUAUUUGUUGGUCAAUUCUUUUCCUUAAAUGCUACUCUUAUAUAAUAGUUAAUUUCAGCACUGUUAUAUUCCUAUUGAUUAAACAAUUUCAAUGAUAAUCAUUUCUUUAUCAUGUUAUACUACUACACCAUACAACAACAGGAUAGUAGUGUUGUAUACUUGUAAUACUAAAAAGAGUAUACACAAUCAGUGUGUAAAACACAAUAUUAUUGAGCAUAUAUUACUAGUGAAUUAUAAAUCUUCUGCAGUAUUAGGAUGUGUGUAAAAACAAAACAACAUUGACAGUAAACACACAUUGUAAAGAUACUUUCAUGAAGAUGUAAGGAAAGAAAAGACUGACUUUAUACAAAAUUUAAUAAGUGAUUUUCUGUAGACUCCAUGAUUUGUUCCUAUUUCUUAUCCUAUCUGUUUUUAUCAUGGUUCAUUAUUCAAAGGAGGAAAUAAAAAUAUGUAAUAUAACAGAUCCUAACACUGCUUGUCAUUUUAUAAUUAUAUAAAAGCCUAUCAAGAUCUCAUAAUUAUUUUCUCCGUUAAAGUAUUAAACAUUUCAUACAUACUGAGCUUUUUGUCUGAAAACAAAUGCACAGGAUUACAAGGAUUUGUGAGGAGGAAAAAGGCUGUCCGACUGCAAUGCACCCAGACACACACACCGGGAGUUGAUGUUAAGCAGCUGUUGAUUCUUGCUUUUCUUCAACAAAUGGUUCAUUUGGUGUCUCUCUGUAAACAACACAAAAAAAUAAUGAUAUGAUAGAGAAAAUAAAUGAAAUAGAACUAUGUGUACAUAGGUGAACUAUAACUCAGAGGUGAUACAGCGUUAAAUCCUAUACCAAUAUGCAUAGUUUAUUUACUGCAUACAACAAUAGUGUUUUUUGUAUUCACUUCGAUAAUUUUAUCUACGUACAUCCUUUAUGCAUGCAUAUCAUC